AUGGACGAAUCCAACAAGAUCGUAGAUUUCUCCGAGCGAGUGACAUACGUGGAACAGGACGGAGGCGAAGAAGGCAUCUUCUGGGACGUGGAAGAUUUCCCAUUCCCCGUUAACUCCACACCCGACGAGAUCUACAAAAAAAUCGUAUCAUGUCUGAAAGAAAUGGGCUCUGAACCGUUUCACAAAAAAAAAAAAAAGGGCUCUGAACCAGGUAGGACCACAGUCUGGGCCUACGUCGACGAGAACAAGAACGAGACUUGGGGGAAGAGAGGUGGUGAGUUUCUGAGUAAGAAGACGUGGGAGUCAAGAAUCUAUUUCCUCCCCGGAGGUGAUGAUAAGCCUUCGAGACGUAAUAGGAUGUUGAUUGAUAUUCUUUUGUGGGAAUUGGACCAUCCUGCUCCAGCGAGUUUGAUCGUGGUUUCGGAUCGUGUUAGAGGUGAUAAAGAGUUCUUUGGUAGGGUUAGAUCUCUUACUGUGGAUAUUUAUGAUGUUGAGGUGAUAGCUCCUCCUACUCGGCCCGUUGUACCGGAAAGUUUUCUGAGUGGCCGAGAUUGUUGUUAG